AUGCAUGGCUGGCUGCUCCUGAUCUGGGUCCAGGGGCUGAAGCAGGCUGCCCUCUUUGCUGCAGGAGCUACAGCAGGCACAGUAGUAACAAAGGGGAAUGUUUCUGCAGUGGAAGGUGGCUCUGUCAUCUUACAAUGCAACUUCUCCUCCACCACGGCUGAGGUGACCCAAGUCAACUGGGAGCAGCGGGACCAGCCUCUGGCCAUUUAUAAUGCAGACCUAGGGUGGCAUGUCUCCUCAGUCUUCAGUGACCGAGUGGUCCCUGGCCCUAGCCUAGGCCUCACCUUCCAGUCGUUGGCACUGAAUGACACAGGGGAGUACAUCUGCAUCUAUCACACUUAUCCUGAUGGAAUUUACAAUGGGAAAAUAUUCCUGCAUGUCCAAGGACGCUCAGCAAAACAGUUCCAGAUUGCAUUUGUCGGAGCCAUGGCUGCAGUGCUGGGAGUCAUCUGUUCAGCGGUUGCAGGGGUGGUCAUAUUGGCUAGAAAGAAAUCUCGUAGAAUCCACACCGUGGAAAGUGACCUUGGAAGAAUGGCAGCUGAGCUGAAGGAAUGGAGCCUCAGCAUCCCCUCAUCCCCUGGAAGCCCUGACCAGACAGAAGCUGCCCCUGCUGGCCUCUGUGGAGAAUGUGAUGGAGAUGACUGUGCUGAACCACAUGACUACUUUAAUGUCCUGAGCUACAGAAGCCUAGGGAGCAUCAGUUUCCUAGUGGAGACUGACUAA